ACGGGUCACGUUGAGCGGGUUGGCAUUACAAACUUUGAGCUGUUGAAGGUGUUGGGCACAGGAGCGUAUGGAAAAGUGUUCCUGGUGAGGAAAGUGAGUGGCCACGACACGGGGCACCUGUACGCCAUGAAAGUUCUGAAGAAGGCCACGAUUGUGCAAAAAGCAAAGACUGCAGAACACACGCGCACGGAGCGGCAAGUGCUGGAGCACAUCCGCCAGUCACCCUUCCUUGUAACGCUUCACUAUGCCUUCCAGACUGAUACCAAGCUGCACCUAAUUCUUGAUUAUGUCAACGGCGGGGAACUCUUCACACAUCUGGUGCAGAGGGUGCGCUUCAAGGAGCAGGAAGUGGCCAUUUACUGCGGAGAAAUCGUCUUGGCACUGGAACAUCUGCACAAGCUUGGAGUUGUUUACCGGGACCUAAAGCUGGAGAAUAUUUUACUGGAUUCCAGUGGUCAUAUAGUUCUCACAGACUUUGGCAUGAGUAAAGAAUUUGAUCAGGUUGAAAGGGCUUUUUCUGUUUGCGGCACAAUUGAAUAUAUGGCUCCAGAAAUCAUUGAAGGGGGAGAGUCUGGACAUGACAAGGCGGUGGACUGGUGGAGCCUGGGUGUGUUGAUGUACGAGCUUCUGACUGGUGGAUCACCCUUCACUGUGGAUGGAGACGAGAACUUGCACACAGACAUCGCCAAGAGGAUUUGCAAAAGGGAUCCUCCUUUCCCCAGAGACAUGGGUCAACUGGCCAAAGACCUAAUCAAGCAACUCCUCAUCAAAGACCCAAAGAAGAGGUUGGGCUCAGGAGCUAAUGGAGCAGAGAAUUUGAAGAAACACCCAUUUUUUCAGAAAUUAAACUGGGAGGACUUGGCAGCUAAGAAGGUGCCUGCACCUUUCAAGCCAGUGAUCCGGGAUGAACUGGAUGUCAGUAACUUUGCAGAGGAGUUCACGGAUAUGGACCCCACAUACUCCCCUGCUGCUUUGCCUCAAAACUGUGAUCGCAUCUUCCAGGGGUAUUCUUUCAUGGCCCCCUCCAUCCUGUUCAAGAGGAACGCCGUGAUGGACGACCUGGUCCAGCUGUGCGGGGAUUCUGAGCGGCCCGGCUCCGCUGCUGUGGCCCGCAGCGCCAUGAUGAAGGACUCACCUUUUUAUCUGAGUUAUGAGAUGGACCUGAAGGACGGCGCUUUGGGAGAGGGCAGCUUCUCCAUCUGUCGACGCUGCACACAGAAGAAGACCGGACAGACGUUUGCAGUGAAGAUCGUCAGCAAGAGGAUGGAAGCGCAGACGCAGCGGGAAAUAGCAGCUCUGAAGCUGUGCGACGGCCAUCCCAACAUUGUGAAGCUGCAUGAGAUUUACCACGACCAGCUCCACACAUACCUGGUCCUCGAGCUGCUCGGUGGAGGGGAGUUGUUGGAAAGAAUUCGCAGGAAGCAGCAUUUCAGCGAGACGGAGGCCAGCCGCAUCAUGCGCAAGCUGGUGUCCGCCGUCAGCCACAUGCACGAUGUAGGAGUGGUGCACAGGGACCUAAAACCUGAGAAUCUGCUCUUCACAGGCGAGAGUGAGACCUCGGAGAUAAAAAUCAUAGACUUUGGCUUUGCUCGUCUAAAACCGCCAGACAAUCAGCUGCUGAAGACGCCCUGCUUCACCCUGCAGUACGCCGCCCCCGAGAUCCUCAAAUAUGAUGGCUAUGAUGAGUCUUGUGACCUGUGGAGUCUGGGGGUCAUUUUGUACACCAUGCUGUCCGGACAGGUGCCUUUCCAGUGUCAGGAGAAGAAGCUGGCGCACACCAGCGCAGAGGAGAUCAUGAAAAAGAUCAAACAGGGAGAUUUCUCUUUCGAAGGAGAAGCCUGGAGAAACGUAUCCCAGCAGGCCAAAGAGCUGAUACAGGAGCUUCUCACAGUGGAUCCAAACAAGCGGAUCAAAAUGUGUGGUCUUCGUUAUAACGCCUGGCUACAGGACGACAGCCAGCUGUCCUCCAACCCGCUCAUGACCCCGGACAUCCUCGGCUCCUCCACGGCCUCCGUCCACACGUGUGUCAAAGCAACUUUUAAUGUAAGAAACAAGAAGAGGAAUCGUGUAACGUUGGUGACCCUCGAACUGGUGACCCUAGAACUGGUGACCCUCGAACUGGUGACCCUCGAACUGGUGACCCUCAAACUGGUGACCCUCGAACUGGUGACCCUCAAACUGGUGACCCUCAAACUGGUGUGUAACUCUCAGGUGUUUAACACUCAGGUUUUUAACUCUCAGGUGUUUAACACUCAGGUGUUUAACACUCAGGUGUUUAACUCUCAGGUGUUUAACUCUCAGGUGUUUAACGCUCAGGUGUUUAACUCUCAGGUGUUUAACUCUCAGGUGUUUAACGCUCAGGUGUUUAACUCUCAGGUGUGUAACUCUCAGGUGUUUAACUCUCAGGUGUUUAACUCUCAGGUGUUUAACGCUCAGGUGUUUAACUCUCAGGUGUUUAACACUCAGGUGUUUAACUCUCAGGUGUUUAACGCUCAGGUGUUUAACUCUCAGCAGCUGCUGUUUGUCUGA